AUCGGACCCUGAGCUCGCGGGGCCUCGUGCGGUCAACCGGAGGAAUGCACGAGGACUCUGUGGCACACGCCCUCUACGUCACCGAGCUGGAGUCUCUAAAGUAAAGACGCUCUGCUCAACUUUGCUGCCUCCACUUUGUUCUCUCGCUCUCUGCUGUCACCUCCCUCUGUCCACAGCUGCAGAGGCGCAAUGCUGCAGGGGAAACAUGUCCAUUAACUCGGCACGGAAUAUUUCGUAAUAUAUAGUCUACUGAGUCACCACGGACAGCCAUUUACCACAGACUCACCUCUAAAAUGGCCCAACAGAACUACACCUGUCAUUAUAAUGAGUCCAUGGGCUUUUUUUACAACAACAGUGGCGCUAAUGACAAAUGGGACAAAGCCCAGCUCAUCCUGGUGCAGGUGGUGGGCUCUCUCUUCUGCUGUUUCAUCCUGGUUUCCAACGCCAUGGUCAUAGCUGCUGUCAUCACCAAUAAGAGGUUUCACUACCCUUUCUACUAUCUUCUAUCCAACCUCGCCGCCUCGGAUUUCCUGGCAGGCAUAGCGUACGUGUACCUGAUGUUUAACACGGGGGAGUCGUCACGGAGACUUACAGUUAAAGAAUACUUCAUCCGUCAAGGUCUUCUGGACAUCAGUCUCUCAGCAUCGCUGUCUAACCUGCUGGUAAUAGCUCUGGAGCGCUACAUUUCCGUCAUGAACUGGAAAGUCCACAGCAACCUCACGAAGAGGAGGGUGACCCUGCUGAUCGUGCUGGUGUGGGCCAUCUCCAUCUUCAUGGGCGCCGUGCCGAGUCUGGGUUGGAACUGCAUCUGCAACGUGGGCGACUGCUCGCAGCUGGCUCCCAUCUUCAGCAGGAGCUACCUGAUCUUCUGGUCGGUGUCUAACCUGGUGGUGUUCCUGGUGAUGGUGGUCAUCUACUUGAGGAUCUAUACCUACGUCAUGAGGAAGACUGCAGUGCUCACGCCGCACACCAGCGGCUCCAUUAACCGCAAGAGGACUCCCAUCAAGCUCAUCAAGACAGUCAUGGUUGUGCUCGGAGCCUUUGUGAUCUGCUGGACUCCUGGCCUGGUGGUCCUGCUGCUGGACGGCAUCAACUGUACGAGCUGUAACGUCAUGAAAACAAAACGCUGGCUGCUGCUCCUGGCUGUACUCAACUCCGUCAUGAACCCCUGCAUCUACUCCUACAAGGACGAGGAAAUGUGGACCACCUUCAAGAACCUCUUGCGCUGCAUUGGUAACGGCACACGGCGGCAGCGGUCGACGAAGGCCAACGCCAGACCGCUCAGCUCUGCUCAGGAUACGGGCAACAGUCAGCCUCCAACUGACGACUCAAAAAAUGACGAUCAGGGCAUCCUCAAGACCUGAAAAUGAAACUUGUUGUGAUUUAACCAGAACUUCUGUCCAGCUUUGACUGGACGUAUUGCAUGAAGAUUCAGAUUGGAGUUGACUUGAAAGAGAAACCACAUCAGUUGGUCUCAGGGGGUCGUUGUGGUCCUCAGAUUAAAAGUACUUUCUUUAAGAGACACUGCAGGCCAGCUGCUCCAGUGCAGAGCUGAAGAGAUGGAAAUCUCUUCAGACCAUAAUGCACUAGUAAUUCCUCAAAUGGAUGCAAAGAUGUGCUUUUUACAGUUUUCUUUCAGGAUUUUACAGUUUUUGGACUCAUGACUCCCAUUUAUGUGUAUUGGGAGAUUCCUGUUGCUGUUUCAUCCUGCUCUUUCUGUCGUCCUCAUCACAUCCUGGUGGCUUAUUUAACUUUUAAAUUGCUCUGCAAUGGCUGAAGAAAGAAUCCAGUAUGAAGUACACAGUGGUACAUUUCUACUUUUACCUCCAAGAGGAUAAAAUUCAUGCAAAGGGAGACAUAGAUUUCUCCCUGUUAUAAAUGUGUGUACAUCUGAUUGCCUUUAGGUUUACUUCCUGUGUUGCUUUUGAGGAAGGCAUGCUGUAAUGGAGGAUCUAGUUAAGACACGUAACUUGUUUGUAGUCAGGUACUAUGAAUCUAUAUGAUUGGGCAGGGCACAAUUUUAAAGAUUACUUCCUGAUUUUAAGCACAGCCUGUGAAGAAUACUGUAAACUACUGUAUUAUAUCUACAUCCUGUAAAAUACUUUCAAGAAGAUGUGGAGUAAUUUCAACUGUAUGACAGCUGGCAUGCUCAGCAUGGUCUGAUUGUUUUGGCCAUCAUUUG